GAGAGAGAGAGAGAGAGAGAGAGUGAGAGAGAGACAAAGAGAGAGGGAGAGAGACAGAGGUCCUCCGAGACCCCUCUGUCCCCCAGUUACCUCCGUGCUGUUGAAGGUGGAGUCAUGUCGAGGGUAGAAAGAGAGGGAUCUGCGGGGAGUGAGAGCAGGGCAAGAGAAGGAGCCAGAGAGAUUGUCUGACGUGCACUUUGAUUGUUCCUCUUCAAGUCUUGGAUCUUGGUUUUCACUUCGGAGGGAACUCACAUGAAGUGCACGUGUGGACUGUGGGGGACUCCUAGCAGGUAGAACAUUGCUCGGAACCCUGUUUGCUUUGAAGUGCUGGACUAAGGAGGAUUUUCUUUUCAUAUGGCUCUCCGCCGGGAUAAUUAAACUGAUUUUAUUUAUUCUUUUAUUACGAGUAUCCGAUUCAAGCAGCGAAUGACCGAGAUUAACAUUGGAAGAUAGUUUCUUUGGCAUUGGUAAAAUUUGUGAUAAAAGUAUCCUUUUAUCUUCUCGGCAAACUUUUAACUUUGUUAAAAGUUAAACUAACAUUUUCAAAGGUGGAAUAGAAAACCAAAUCGAAAGGCACUUUUCAGAACAAGCUCAACGACUUGCUGGACGGCAGUUAAACCAUCAAAAAGUACUAAAGAAGCGACAGAAAUUCAGCAAAAAGCAGGGAUUCAUUGCAGGGGAUCCGGCGGGGGGCACUGCGAGUGGGGGACACCUUUUCCCCAGCCCCGGCUCCUGGAGGGCUCUCCCUCCCAGCCCUCCCAGAACUCUGCGCACCUAGCAGCAUGUCCCAGGCUGUGAGGCUGCCUCCAGUCCUCCACACAGCACACUACCAUGGUCAGAUGGGCUGCUGGAGGGAGUAAGGCGGCCUCUGCCUCGUUCUGCUCCGGGGCCCGGUUGGGAGCUCACAGAGGGGCCGGCUCCAGGGUGAGUUCGCCAUCCUCAUCCUCAUCCUCAUCCUCAUCCUCAUCCUCAUCCUCAUCAUCAUCAUCAUCGUCCUCGUCGUCGUCAACCUCCUCAUCAUCAUCGACCUCCUCAUCAUCAUCGUCCUCCUCUCGGUUCCGGUGCGGCGGUCCGUCUGCAGUGCCUCUCCUGCUCGCCCUGGUGGUCCUGUCCCUCUCCCUCCCCGGUGUCGCGUGCGGGCGCCAGCUCCGGAGGGACCAGCGGCCGACGCCGGCCGUCCCGCGCACCCACCGGCCGCAGCCGAACGCCUCCGAGACCGCCGACGCCGCGGGCCGGACAGGGGGGCCGCAGGGGCGGCGUGUGCGCAGCUACAACCACCUGCAAGGGGACAUACGGAGGAGGAAGCUGUUCUCCUUCCAGAAGUUUUUCCUGAGGAUUGAUAGGAAUGGACAGGUCAAUGGCACCAAGAGCAAGGACGACCCCCUUAGUAUUUUGGAAAUCACAUCGGUGGACGUGGGGGUUGUGGCCAUCAAGGGGCUGAGCAGUAACUACUAUCUGGCUAUCAGCAAGAAGGGAGAGCUUUAUGGAGCGAGGGAGUUUGGCAUCGACUGCACCUUGAAGGAGCGCAUCGAGGAGAAUGGCUACAACACGUACGCAUCGUCCGAGUGGAGGAACAAGAAGAGGCAGAUGUUCGUGGGCCUGAACGUCCACGGACGGUCACUGCGAGGGCGGAAGACCCGCAGGAAGAACACUUCCACCCAUUUUCUCCCCAUCAUGGUCUGAACUGGACCUGGACAGAACGAGAGGGAGAGAAAGAGAGGGAAGGAGAGAGAGAGAGAGAGAGAGAGAGAGAGAG